UUCACGGAUAUGGCUGGACUUCUUCCGUAUCCGGGCACAGUGUGCAAAGGAACUUAUUCUGCCCCACCGGGACGCUAUCUAAUCUCAGAAAACUAACUUAAAGGAGCAGCGGGUGGCUGGAUAUCUAUGGGUUGUUUUCCUUCCUAACAAGUCUCCUCUGCAAGGCAAGGCGGGUUCUCAAACUUCGUCCCCAGAUGCUGUGGGAAUACAGCUGCCAUCCUCCUCGUGCACAGUGGCCGGAGGCAUGUAGACAAUACAAGCCUGAACUUACUCUGUGUAUCCUUAUCAGUUGGUUCGUUAGAAGCAUCUCGUGGGAUCUAUUCUGACACCCAGCCCAUGAGCAUCUUACCACCCCUUAGACGUCUGUCCGUGGACUCAUUGCAUGGUUUUGGGCUGGCUGCUGUCUCUCACUUCUGAUCCGGGAAAUGGAAUCUAUUAAAAUAACCUAUAUUGCAACAUACCUACAAUGAAGGCUAUAAAUCACUCUUCAGAAAUGUGUUUACUAAGUACUCUUAAGCCAUGGGACAAAAAUACGGUGUCAAAGUGACAACCCUCAGGCUGCCGCCUUCUCACCUCUUCAGAACGUGAUGUUGCCCCCAAGUGCUUUUCAAGGAAAAGUGGCCUUUAUCACUGGUGGAGGUACUGGCAUUGGAAAAGGAAUAACAACUGCUCUUUCUAGCUUGGGAGCAGAGUGUGUUAUAGCAAGCCGGAAACUUGAUGUGUUGAAUAAAACCGCAGAGGAAAUUUCUUCUAAAACAGGACAUAAGGUUCAUGCAGUUCAGUGUGAUGUGAGAGACCCAGCUUCUGUUAGCAAUGCAGUUUCUCACUUAAUUGAAGUGGCUGGACAUCCCAGUGUUAUAGUAAAUAAUGCUGCUGGAAAUUUUAUUUCCCCUUCUGAACGCCUUUCUGCAAAUGCAUGGAAAACGAUCACUGAUAUUGUUCUUAAUGGAACUGCCUACGUAACUCUGGAAAUUGGAAAACAACUGAUAAAAGCACAAAAAGGAGCAGCAUUCCUGGCCAUUACAACUAUCUAUGCAGAAAGUGGAUCUGGUUUUGUGUCACCAAGUGCCUCUGCCAAAGCAGGUGUGGAUGCACUGUGCAAGUCUCUUGCAGCUGAGUGGGGUAGAUAUGGCUUGAGAUUCAACGUGAUUCAACCAGGUCCAAUAAAGACAAAGGGAGCUUUCAGCCGCCUGGACCCAACCGGCACAUUUGAGAAAGGAAUAAUUCAGAGAAUUCCUUGUGGCCGUCUAGGAACAGUGGAAGAGAUUGCAAACCUUGCCACCUACCUCUGCAGCGAUUAUGCAAGUUGGGUUAAUGGAGCAGUCGUUAGAAUGGAUGGUGGUGAAUACGUGUUUAUGGCUGGAGAGUUCAAUGAUCUACAUAAGGUCACCAAUGAACAGUGGAAGGCGAUGGAAGAAUUAAUAAGGAAAACAAAAAGCUCAUAACUUCUUAAACUACUUUUUUGCAUAGAAAAUCUUUCAUGUUACACAUACCCUAAUUCUUUUUAUUCAAUAAUUUUCUGUUGGGGUGCUUAAAUUGCCUAUGAUAUGCACAUUCCUUUUUGUUUAUCCUAGAGAGCUUGAAGGUCUAAUAGUUUCAUGUUACCAUAUUUUUUAACAUUUGUGGAAAUAAAAGUUAAAUUUGAGACUACCCGAUAUUUAGAAGAGGUGCUGACAAACUGUAAAACUUAUGAAUAUGUAUAAAAGAACUAUUGAUCUUGAGUUGUGGCAACAUUAGCCUGAUAGAAGUGUGUACUGAAAGGGGAGGUAUACAGUAAUAUGUUAACGUAAAGGAAAGGGAAGUACAGGCAAGUAAUUCUCGAGUAUUUUUCAACUAAGAUUUAAAAGCUACGAAUAAAGCUACAAGAUUCACAGUCCUCAGUAGGCAACCAUGGCCUAUAUUGGGCCUAGUGAAUCUCGCUCUGUCGCAGAUCACCUUAAGCUGCUACUACGUGUCACAGCCUAGACUAAAUCAUCUCUGUGUGUUUUAACUGCUGCCUCCAAGUAGAAGAUUGGGCUUAUUCUAGCUGAGUCUACUAAAAAGAGCCUUCCAGCUUCUAUUGUAAUAAAAAAUUAAUAGUAUGAUAAAAGCUUUAAGCGUGGGGAGGAGAAAAUGGACAGAAGCUACCAUUUUGAAAAAUAUAGACAGGAAAAUUUACUUUGAAAAUAGUUCAGUUUUAAACUGAUAGUUCCCGUGAAAGGUUUAGUACAAAAACAGCAACCAGAUGAGCAUAAGGAAGGAAUGAAAUGUGAUCAAAAUGCCUCUAAGCGAACCUGUCUAACACUGGGCCCUGACUCAGUGUCCUUUGCAGUCACCUCAGCUUUUCCAGCAAACCCGGCUUGUCCGUUGUUCAGCCUCAGGACCUCUUCUGCUUCACAGUUCUGGGUGUUCAGCCCCAGACUGUUUGUUUUUGCUUUUGAGUGCUUUUGCUUUUUCUUCUCCAGAGAAGUUCCACUCUCUGCUAGUGAUUUCUCAGCUCUUUCCAGCCCCAGCUCUGAUUCUGCUUCAGACUGUUCUGCUUGCACUUCUGGAACUCCUUUCCUAGCACUUCUUCAUCCAACUUGAACUGCACUCCCUUGGACUCUUCCUGUAAGGCACUGCAAACCGAACUUCUUUUUUAGCACUCUGAAUUGUACUACUACUCUGCUGAAAGCAGCUGCCUCAUGUACUUUAACUCCCCUCCCAUUUUUCUAAACCAUCCAAUCAAUAUCACUUAUGUUUUCUCCAUCUUACAAAACAUACCCAAUAAAAUCAAACCUCCACUUUCCUCCAAACUUUUAACUGUCAAACUGUUCUCCAUCAAAAAUGGAACUGUAGAGCAGGAGCUAUGAGCAUUCUUAACACAGGGAAUAAUCAAGGCAAUUGCAACAUGAACUCUUAUAUACAAAAAGAAGAGGUUUAGGCCUUGUUCCUUCACACACUCACAAAGCCAUCAAGUGCCUCUUUCCCUCCUGCUUCCUAUCUUAAUGCUUCUGCAUAUUUUCAUGCUUCCUCAUCAGUUUUGUCUUCAAAAUCCUAGCUGUCUCACACAUAAUAAUAAAGGAACGUGGUUGCCAGGGUAAUAAUGAUAAGAGAGCCUGGCAGCAAGCCAAUCACACAAUAAUUGUAUAACAAAGCCCUAGGUUAUAAUAGUUGUGAUAAUGAUGCUAAUAAAGGAUUGAACUCUG